AUGUAUAUGGUCAAAGUUAGUCCAGCUGGCAAACAAGAUGGAUCCCUUUGGGAAGAAAAGGGAGGAGUAGAAGUAGCCCAAAUUUUUGUUUCUCACUAUGAUGACAAAGUUGUUGCACUGCAAUUCCUUUUCUUUGAGAAUGGGAAACUAGUUUUGUCAAAGAGACAUGGUGUUGAUAAUUUAUGUGAAAACUUCAAUUCAGUUGACCUGGAUUAUCCCUCUGAGUUUCUUACUAGUAUAAGUGGUUCAGUUCAAUUAACAAUGAAUGGAGAUAGUUUUUUGAGCUCAAUAUCAUUUGGCACCAAUAAGGGUUCCUAUGGACCAAUUGGAAAAGCUUCAGCUGCUGGCAAUAUUUAUCACUUCAACUAUCAGAUAGGAAAUGGUCGUUCUAUUGGUGGAUUUCAUGGCAGCAAAUGCCGUUAUGGUAUUGAGAGUAUUGGGGUCUAUGUGAAGACCAUCAACAUUUUUAAUAUCCUUCAGUUAAGGGAGAAGAAGAAAUGGUAG